CCGUCUCCUCACUACCUCCGGGGGCUUCGCCAGUCACGAUUCGCCGGCUUCACCACCUCCUCUAUCUGCGACUCCUCACUCAGCCUCGCCUCCUUCGUGGCCAGAACUUUAGCCUCCUCUUCAUCGGCUCCACGCCUCCACGACGUCGUUCAGACUCCAGAUCCCCAGCCUCCAUCGGCGCCGUCUCCGUCGAAGCCGCAUCUGCCAGUCUCCGCCGUCUCCUCUGUCUCGUUAUGGCAAAUGCAACAUACCCGCCGCCCCCACCAUAUUAUAGGCUCUACAAAGAUUACUUGGAGGACCCUAAGUCUGCUCCAGAGCCUCCUCCUCCCAUAGAAGGGACCUACAUUUGUUUUGGGGGCACCUACACUACUAGUGAUGUUUUGCCAAGCUUGGAAGAACAAGGGGUGCGCCAACUCUAUCCAAAGGGGGCUAAUGUCGAUUUCAAGAAGGAGCUGAGAUCACUGAAUGGAGAAUUGCAGCUACACAUUUUGGAGCUUGCAGAUAUUCUUAUUGAGAGACCAUCACAGUAUGCAAGGAGAGUUGAAGAGAUUUCAACUGUAUUCAAAAACUUACAUCACCUUUUAAAUUCCUUGCGACCUCAUCAGGCAAGAGCAACAUUAAUUCAUAUUUUGGAACUUCAGAUUGAGCGCCGUAAAGAAGCAGUGGAGGACAUAAAGAAGAGAAGAGAAGAGGCACGAAGAUUACUUAACGAGUCCCUAGCAACACUUGAUGAUCAAUAGGACAUUUUUCUGCACUGAACCAAGUUAGUAAAGCUGAUCCUAUAUGAGAAAUUAGUGUAUUUAUACUUUUAGAUUUUCUACUUUAUACAUGUGGUCUAGAAUUGAACGCAAUGCUUAACCCAUGUGGUCUAAUUAGUGUAUUUUUCUAAACACGAUUUUAUUGUUUUUACUGCUAUUUUUUUCUUCACACC